GGGCAAGUCCAACUGCAAACUCUCCUGCCUAGGUGUGUACCACUCAUAAAUGGCCUCAUCUCUGCCUUUGGUGCUGGGGAAAGGCGGACCUGGCAUUACCAGAACUUUCCAGGGAAACUUAACUGUUGUUAGUCGACCCCACUGAAUUGAGAGGUUAUUUGUGAUUGCCUAAUCGGGAAGAACAAGGUAUCACCAGGCAUAGAUAUUUCACAGCUGUACCAUCUCACCACCACCUCACUCACCUGGCCAGAAGCCUAUGGUGACAUCAAAUCCUUGAUUAUUUCAACCAUGCUUUAAAAUUUCUGGGAACCCAAAUUGUCUGGCUAACAGGUACUGAAAAGGGUGAUCUGAGUGGUCAGGCCUGGAAAGUCCCCCACGAAAUUGCUGAAGAAAUGGCGCUCAUGAAGCUAAGUGACAGGACAUCUCUGCAGAUGAUGACAGUUGGGAAGGAACAACAGUUGACCAAGAAAAACAAUGGCUUUCUCCAAAAUAUGGAUGUGGCUGAAGGUGCAAUGCAGAAUUUGCUAAGGGAUUUUACCAAAAUGGACCACGUCUUGGACAGAUCAGAUGAUAAGGACAACAUUUUCUCCAAAAAGCCGCAAACCGACUUUCUUCAUGAGACAGAGACUACAAAAUGGAAUAUGUUGGAGCUGGAGGCUGAGCAUCACCAGGACCUACAGAAUGAACAGAAUGAGCAAGAAACAAAUCAUGUCCAACAAGAGGAUCCUCAUGUAUCCACAUCUUUGCAGUUUUCCAAGGAGAAUAUCCCUGAACUGAGUCAGGAGAACACUUUCUUCCAGCUAAACUACUGGAAUACACAGAUGGGUCUACAAGUGAAAGAACUUGGAGCUGAUCACAUAAGCUGGAUGGAGAAAAUCAACAAUAUUAUACAAAAAAUAAACCUAACAGAAAACACAAUGAAGAGCUUAUUAAAUGAGGUGAUGUGUCUGGAGGACCAAAUUGGAAAGCUGGAGUCACACCAAGACCUUGACCCUGAUCAGGGAGCAAACAUUGAGGAGAAGAUCAUGGAAAUUAAAAAGCAAAUAGAAGAAACAGAUAACAAAUAUGUCCAGGAAGCUGCUUGUAAUGAAGCUCAUGAAUUAAAGGAGAAACUCAUUGCAAGAAUAAAGAACUUUUACAAAGACAUGACUCUGCUGAGUACAAAGCUGGGAAUGUACCAAGGGCAAGAAAGGAAAACAGACUUUCAGAGUCCUGAAGAAAUGGAUAUGGAAGAAAUUGAGCCCCAGCUUCCUGAGGCUCCACCACCCCCUUUAGUCCAGAACACUCCUGCCAGCAUUACAAUGUGGAAACGUGCACUGAGGAUUUUCAUCAUGUUUUAUGUCCUCACCUUCACUGGACUUUCAUGUUACAUACUAUUUUUUGAUGCUACAUUUAUCUUUGAAAGCUUGCUCCCAGCAAUGCUUGGACACCGCAGAAUGUGGGAACUACGGGAGAUAAUUGCUCCUUUCUUGAACUUGGAAGUGGAAGACUUGUUACCCUCCUAAAGUUAUAGAAGUUACUGUUACCCUACUGACUCUCUCCUUAAUAAAAUUCUGGCUGUUCUUGUAUUAUGGUGGUUAACAUAUUUUUCCAAAAAAUACUAUUGGUUGUUUGGCAAAGGACACUGUAGUUCUAUAGAAAUUGCUUGUUCACAGACAGAAAACAUGAAAACUGUUUAUCUUU